GGUGUCGGUGUCAUUGCUGUCACUUUGGUGACAGCUGAUUAAUGCGAAAUAAUUUUAUUCAUUUUAUUAUUUAUGUUUAAUUUUUAAUUACAUUAAAUUAUUUUACAUCUUUGUCUCCUUGUAGACCCCGAUGGACUCACAAUAGUUGAUAGUGAUUGUGGUUUAAUCUCUUGUCUUCGCGGACACCAGCAACAAUGCCAGGCACAAACCUCAUUGUGCCUGUUGUACUCUGGGGCAAGCAUGCACCCACUCACUGCAUCUCAUCCGUCUACCUCUCUCGAGACCAGAAGACACUCGUCACUGGCUGCUAUGAUGGCCAGAUCUGCAUUUGGGGUGUCCAACCUGAGACCCUGAAAAUGAUACCGAAGUGCCUGCUGGUUGGCCACACAGCACCUGUCACUUGUUUGUCCAGAGCCUCUAUAAUACAAGACAACAAUUACAUAGUAAGUUCAUCGGAGGCGGGGGAGAUGUGCACAUGGGACUUGGUCGACGGGAAAUGCAGGGAGAGCGUGAAACUAACGCAAAUACAUACAAACAUACAGGCAUAUCACAUGUGCAACAGCGAGGACUUGCGGCUAUUCUGCAAUGGUUAUUAUGCAGAGAUACUGAUCAUGGAUCCAUUCUCGCUGGAGAUUCUCUUCUCGCUGAGUUCAAAGAUGAACCCUGACUGGAUAUCAGCAUUGCAUGUGCUACGCCCGUCGUCGAGGAAGGAUGAUGUUGUUCUAGCGAUAUCGAUUACGGGAACAGUUAAGGUGUGGUCGCUCCUCGGCCAUGAGAAUAAGCAGUCCGAGCCGAUAUACGAGAAUGAGUCCAAGCAGAUCCGCUGCCUGAACGCGCUGUCGCUCAACUGCUGCGCUUACAAUCAGCGCACCGUGCUCAUUGUAUGCGCUAAGUACUGUCAGAUUUAUGAUGCUGGUGAUUUCUCCGUGCUAUGCUCGAUCCAAGCACCGCGUGGGGAGCGCUGGAUGUCUGGUGACUUCCUCGCGCCUGACCGAGUCUUGGUCUGGUCUACCGAAGGGAAGGGAUACCUGUAUCGUUUGCCAGCUAACAAACUUCGCGGACGGGCUCUCAGUAGCUCGGUCCCGGAUCACAAGGGAUUCCACGGUCCCACAGUGGACCACGACAGUCCAGUAUUAUUUGGUAUACUGGCACAUCCGGAUAAUAAGUUACUCUCGUGCCCACCAGCGAUGCGUCUAAUCCUCACCUCAGUGGGGGGCAAGCAACGUAGAUUGUUGCUACGUGGUGACUCAGCCGGCGUCGUCUCCAUAUGGAAUGUGGAUGAUGCUGCUUUACCGACUCUACCGAACAUGCCUUCGCAUGCGCCUGUUGUGAUGACGAGUUUGGACAUGGCGUGGGCGGAAAUGAACCCCAGUCCUGUCGGUAUAUUGGACCAACUGCACCACCCGGACGAGCCAGAAAUCAAACUGACCGCCUCUAUAUAUCUUCUGGCCGCUAACCGACUGGUUGUCGGCCGCGAGGAUGGCUCUAUAGUAAUUGUUAAUGCAACUCAUACAGUGCAGUUGCAAUUGUUGCAUGGCAGCCACCAGCAGUUGGAUGACUGGCCACCCCAUCAGUUGCUGCUCGGACACAACGGUAGAGUCAAUUGUUUGCUGUACCCACACCACGUGCACCAGAGGUACGACCGGGCCCACCUGGUGUCGGGCGGCAUAGACUUCGCGGUGUGCCUGUGGGACCUGUUCAGCGGCGCGCUGCUGCACCGCUUCUGCGUCCACGCCGGCGAGAUCACGCAGCUCAUCGUGCCGCCCUACAACUGCAGCACUCGAAUCCAGAAAUGCGUUUGUUCCGUAGCUUCGGACCACAGUGUCACGUUACUGAGUCUAGCGGAGCGAAAGUGCGUGACGUUGGCCUCACGGCACCUGUUCCCCGUGGUGACCAUCAAGUGGCGGCCGGCGGACGACUUCAUGGUGGUGGGCUGCAGCGACGGCACCGUCUACGUCUGGCAGAUGGAGACCGGCCACUUGGAUAGAGUGUUGCAUGGCAUGAUAGCUGAAGAAGUGCUAGCGGCGUGCGACGAGACGGUCGCCGAUGACCUCGGCGGGUCCUUGGCGGUCGGUACCACGGACCUGCAAGGGCUGGCGAACCCUGCUGUCCACUUCUUCAGGGGUCUGCGGCACCGUAACCUGACAGCGAUGAGGGCAGCGACGCAGCGCGGGCUGGCGGCGCUGGCGGGCCCGGGCCACGCGGGCAGCGCGGGCCCGCUCGCCGAGCCGGCGCGAGCACGCCGCGCGCAGCUCACCGUGCAGGGCUUCCGCUCCAACCCGGCAGAUCCGGAGAGCCACAUACUGUUCUUCGAUAUUGAGGGUCUUAUUGUUGAGCUUCUGAGCGAAGAGUACUCAGCCAUGAGUCCCGCCAGCUUGGAGGCGGCCGGACUUAUUACGAGCGAAUACAUGAAGGUGGCAGCACUGACGCAGUCAGCCAGUCCGGACGCAACCAAGAGAAUAUCAGACUUCUUCGGCCGCGUGAAAGACAAGGCCGGGGAUAUGGAACGCAUACUGAAAGAGAAGGACAAACAUGGUAUCCUGGCGAAGAUGAAGGAGGGUGCAGAAACGAUGCAGACCAAGUUGCAAGCGAAAGCUGAACAGUUGAAAGGUCAUCUGGAGGUGAAAGAUGAUCCGAAUCAAAGCAAACGCCAGCGUCCCAAGGACGUCACUUUGGCGGAGCCGCCUCACACAAUGGAGAUAGCGCAGAUCCUGAUCUCCUUGUUGCACGCGUGGGGGCUCAACCCUGACCUGGACAGAGUGUGCGAGUCCAAACUGGGGCUUCUGAGACCGAUGGUGCCGGUGUGCUUCGGUGUGGUGUCCCGUCACGGUCACAUGGCUGUCCAACUCCCGACCAGGGUGCUGGAGUGGGCGGACGCUUACGCCGCCGCCCCCGACGACCCAGUCCUAGUCAAUUCAGAUCUUCCCCCCGAGCUGUUAAGGCAGGAGAAACUGACCAGGCUGUUUACUUCGAAAUUGCAUUGGGAGCUAAGCACUACGUUGACCACCAACCAUCUGCUGUCCAUAGUGGCGCUCGCUAACACCCUGAAGUCCAUGAGAAACGCUGGCUUCGUGCCUGAACAAGAAGUGGCUAGGAGACUGCACAGACCGUCAACCCGCUCCUCGUCGUGGGCUGGUGACGAGGAACGAGAAGAACAGCUAGCGGCCCAGCAGGUCCACAUCAAGCAGGGCUGGGCAUUGCUUAUAACGCUACACUGCGUGCUGCUACCAGAGACAGUUGUGGCGGCUGGAUCGAAGAGUUUCAAGCGUCCGCAAGUGGAGAUGUUGGCGCGCAGAUGGCAACACCACUGCAUUGAGGUUAGAGACGCUGCGCAGGCGCUGCUACUCGCUGAACUGGGCAGAUUGGGGCCCAAAGGCCGCAAGACAUUAGUGGACAAUUGGGCCCAGUAUCUACCUCUGUACACUCACACGGAGAGCAUAAACCCUCACGCUGCUCCCAAGGAACCAGUCGAAAAGCAAGAAGAAGAAUUUGAAGAAGAGGAAGAAGAGAUUGUGAGGAAGCCAUCCUCUCUGGCCGAAUUGAAACGCAAGCAAACCACUGCGGUGGUGUUACUUGGUGUUAUUGGAUCAGAAUUUGGUCAAGAUAUCACCAGCGAGGGUGCUGCGGGUAACAAGCGUCGCAAGGACGCAGACAGCAGAAAGAGUUCUGUAGUUGAAGGGUUCACACUGAGCGCUUCGAACAACCUAGCGCGGCUGACAGCCCUGGCGCUGACCCACCUUCUCCUGGCGCCGCCGUGUCCGCGCCUACCAGCCUACACGCCGCUACGUCGUGCCGCCGUCGACCUGCUGGGCCGCGGCUUCACUGUCUGGGAACCAUACUUGGACGUCAGCCAUGUACUACUUGGUCUGCUGGAGUUAUGUUCGGACGCUGAUAAGCUGGUGCCGUCCAUGACGUAUGGAUUGCCUCUAACACCGCAGGCCGACUCGUGCCGUACCGCGCGGCAAGCGUUGACGCUCAUCGCCACCGCCAGGCCGGCGGCGUUCAUCACGACGAUGGCGCGCGAGGUGGCGCGGUGCGCGGCGGCGGCGGCGGGCGGCGCGGCGCCGGCGCAGGCGCUGCAGCGCGGCCGCGCCGAGGUGCUGCGCGGCAUCGAGCUGCUCAUCGACCGCAUGCACGCCGAGGUCGCCGAGCUGCUCGUCGAGGUUAUGGACAUAAUCUUACACUGCGUGGACCAGUCGCACCUGAAGAGCAAGGGUCUGAACGAAGUGUUUCCAGCCAUCUGUCGCUACAACCAGGUGUCACAUUGCCCGGCCACUAGACGGAUUGCCGUGGGCAGCCACACGGGACAGCUGGCGAUGUACGAGCUGCGUGCUGGCCGCUGCCAGUCGCUGGCGGCCCACGCGGGGCCCGUCACCGCCUGCGCCUUCAGCCCCGACGGCCGCUACCUGGUCUCCUACGCCACCGCCGACAACAGGCUCUCCUUCUGGCAGAGCACCGCUGGUAUGUUCGGCCUCGGCGCGGCGCAGACUCGCUGCGUGAAGUGCUACAGUACAGCGCCCAUGGCGGACGUAGCGCGGCUCAAUCCAGCCCGACUAGCCCGCCUGGUGUGGGCCAACUCGCGUACCGUCACCCUUAUGUUAGCUGACGGUUCAGAAACCAGGUUCAACAUCUAAAUACACUCGACGUUACAUUCCCGAAGAGUGGAGACGUUAGCGAAGCAUAGAGAUAAUAUUAAAAUGCAGUCAACGUGAUGUCACCGAAAUAUUACAAUAAAAAAUAAAAAGCUUUACAUCUGCGAAGUAUUUAUAUAAAUGGUUAAAUGUCAUAGACAACAAUAGCGAAGCGUUUAAAUGAUAUUGAAGUUACAUUGCCAAAGCAUUAAAAUAAAAAUAAAUUAAGUCGGCUUCACAUCAGAAAAGUAAGCAGGUAACACAUAAAUGCAGUCGACGUGACAUGAGCGAAGCAUGUACAUAAUAUUUAAAUGCAGUUGAUGUGAUGCCGUCAAAACAUGGACGCAUUUAAACAGAAUCGAUGCGAUAUCAGCGAAGCAUGUAGACAACACUUAAAUAUAAUCAGCGAAGCAUGGGGAUACCAAUCUGGCUGUUGACGUGAUAGAUUAUUUAUACCAUUUAAUUGCCGGAAAUUGUAAGAAUUACAUUUGAAUAAUAUCGUCAAAACAUGCUAAUUGCUACUGCAUAAUCUAUGGUUGCUGCAAUGAUCGUGAAGUUAGAAACAAAUUGCGACGACCAAUCAGCAGUUACAUUCAGGUCAUUCGUCAUGUUUUAAUAUUCAGAUUACAGACAAUGUUUCUGCAGGUUUAAUAAAUAACUAUUGAUUUAUAGUUAUUUAAAAAUAUAUUUAACACUAAUUACAACACGUGGCUUUGCUCGCGUGUAAUAUAGGAUAAAAAAAUAUCUUCUCCGUAUUUAUUCUAGCGCCGCAGAACAAUCAAAACACACAAAUUUACACAUUUUGAUUAUACUUAACAAGAUUUACAGGCACUAGAGCAUUCUCAAGUCCCAAGAGUUGUGUGUAAAAAUUACGUUUUUACACUUUUCUUUUAAUGUCAAUUGUAUAGUAUUAUUAUUAUGUAAUAUUUUGUGAUUGUAUUGUAUUUGUGAAAUAUUUUAUUUUGUAGUUUUUUUUUUUUUUGUUAGCUAUUUGUUUGUAGAAGUGUUAAGACGAUGUCCUUGAAGAUGCGAGAUGAAAGUACUUUAGACUCACUUCCAUCACCACAUAGAAUAAUUCGUACACUUACUUCGAUAGUAAAUGUUAUUAUUUUGUUAUUAUUGUUCAUGUGAUAUUAUUAUUGGAAAUAAUCGUGAAAUUGUAAAAUUUAUUCAUUUGUUAGAAAACAUUAACUUUGUUAAUUAUUUGUGUAAAAUGUAAUCAAUAAAAUAAAUUAUACUCACA